CCGGCGGUUUGUUCGAUGACAGCGAGCGGAGAGUGUCUCUUCGACCCGAUGUCCUCCCUUAUCCUCACCUCUGCCCCUCCGGGAGACCGGACACCUCUAAUCCCUGUUCCUUUUCCGUAAUUCACAUUCCCCUUUCCGAAACCGGACCACGCUCCAACUUAAGGCUGGUUUGUGGCCUAUUGCGCCCCGCCCCCAGGGUUCAGCUUCUGUACCGUGCCCACUUUCUGUUGCUUUAAUAAAACGACCCAGUAGCCUUCACAUUAGGGCCCUGCGUCGCCCAGCGAAGUGGUAUUGAACACACUCGGCCCUUUUUAUUACUGGAGGCUGAGUGAAUGACAUGCAAGAUGAUGGAUGCUUUGGCUGUAGUUAGUCAACUGAGGGACUUGGCUUCAGAACCGCAGAAUAGAGAAGCAAUUGUCGAAGACAAGGGAUGUCUUUCAGGUCUCGUGCUGUUCCUGGAACACUGCAAUCUGCAAGUACUGCAUUGUGCCCUUCAGGCACUGCAUAAUCUGGCAGAAUGUCCCUCUAAUAGAGAGAUAAUGAAAAAUGAAUUAGGAUUGAUGAGCAAUCUUGAGAGACUACAGAAAAGGUACGACACAUCAGAAGGCAUCAACGUUUUGGCAACAGAAAUUUAUGAACUGUUGAAGAAGCCUGUACAGACUGUCAAAGCAAGAAUUCAUAAUUCUAGCAGUAAAAAACGUGUGCCAGCCCAGUUUUUCGUUAACAGCACAAUUAAGAAAGCAAAAACAAUCACACUACAAAUAGAUGGACUACAUAACAUGGAUAGCCAAAAUAUCUGUGAAGAAGCUUUAUUAAAAGUUAAUGGUGUCAUUAGCUUUACAUUCCAAAUGGCUCUUCAGCGUUGUGUUAUCAGAAUCUAUUCUGAUCUUAAAGUUGAGUCUCUUGCUUCAGCAAUUGCAGCAACAAAAAUAUUACAAGCUUAUCAAGUUGUGAAAAACAAGGAUGGAAAAGAGGAUAUCAUUCGUUUUUGCACCAGUAAUGCAAAAAUAGUAGAAAGUCUGAAUUUGCCUGAUUAUCUUCCUGAGGAUGAAAGCUCAGAAAUACAGCAUAAUAAAGCUAUUUCACAAACUGGUGCAAAGGAAAACACAAAUGGAACUUGGUUAAAUGCAGCUGCAAACUUUCUAACCAAAACUUUCUACUGGUAAUAAACAAAUUAUAAAACUUUUGGGGAUGGUAAGUGUUUUUCAUCAUUUGUGUUAAAUAGACAUUACUGGU